CACACUCAAGGUCAAUUGAUUGUGGAAGAUGCUUGUCGUGAUUUGAUGGAAGUUAAAAUUCACGAAUUAUUGUAUCCUUACACUGGAUGGCUUCGUCACCUGUAAGUUUGGGAUUUGAUUCCUUGUGAGAUCAUAGGUUCUCUUUAGAGCUCGAAACCAGGAGAGAACAACCGUCCAAUGCUCAUUUGCUCUGAGUGGUUCUGUAAAUGGUGUUAGUUUGUGGCGAGAUCUACACUAAGAUGAGUCCGAAUCUCUGUGAAACCCAAAAUCGGGAUAUUUAAUUACUCUUAUCCCCUCUGCCUUGGCAGUAACCGGUAGCCAGCAGCAAUAGCAGCAGCAUAGAAAUGAUUCGUCAGCAUGCUGAACACGUAACAUAAAUCGCAGCUGAUACAAACCUUUUUUUAAAUUACCUCAUACUUACCAUCAGUGGGAUAGCGCACAACUCUUUAUCCUCUCAAAUCAAUAUGAUUCGAUAUAACUAUUAUCUAAUGAAAUUAAAAUCUAUAUUCAUAAUAUUAUAAUAUAUAUACAUAUAUACACAUUUAUAUACAUGUGUUCAUUCAGUCAAUCUGAAAUCACACCUUUAUAUAAUAACAAAAUUUAUAUGAAUAAAAUAUUCCUUAUUUUUACUAUCAUUGGUAUACUUUGUUUAAUCACUGGAUCGUCUAUUAUAUUAUUAUGGAUAUUUAUACCAGAAUAUAUUGAAUUAUCUCAGUUCAGUGUGAAAAUUAGCGCUAUCAUAUCUGCGAUCGGUGUGAUUAUUGUCUCUGGCAAUAUUGUCUAUCUAUAUUGUCUACAAUAUUGUCUAAUAAGACGAAAUAAUAAGAAACGACGCAAAAAAUUGUCAAUCUAUAAGAAUGGAGUUCAUUAUUCUGAUGGUGAAUUAUAUUCUGAAAAUGAAAGUUUUGCUACGAAUUAUAAGCUUUCCGCGCCAAGUUCUUUAUCUAUGCCUGAAGUAUUCACCACCAAUGGUAAUUUAAUGCGUAAAGCUUUUGUAUCACUCGGUUCAUUAGAAUUAGAAAAAUUCGAAGUUGUCGGAGUUGUACACAAAACAAAUUCUAAUUUAGAUUUUAUUAAUGUUGAAAAUGGUCGGCAUAAAUCAGUGACUGAUGACGAGACAGGAUAUCCUCAUCCUCACCAUCGGCAUCAUCGAUCAACUGGUUCACAUCCAGAUAUAUUCAUUGUUGAUCAAUUCCCAAAUAUUUUAAGCCGGAAGACAUUUUACUUUCAUAGUACUAAUGAUACAGAGAGUAACAAUAAUAUUAACAACAAAGACUCUCUACAUGUAACUACUACAACUACGACUACAACUCCUGUCACUACGACGACUCCUAUUAAUGGUGGUUGUGUGAAUAAUGCAUCAAGUUAUCCUAAAAAGUUAUGUACAUCAGUUAAAAGUAUUCCAUAUUCUCUUUUGCCAAGAGUAUCUAUUCAAGAAAUUAAUGAAAUCAAUUUGAAUUUCCCUGCAACGUCGUAUCAUUCUCAUCAUCAUCACCAUCAUCAUCAUGAUCGUCAUCCGUAUCCUCAUCAACCUCAAUAUAUGAGUGUUCGUCGAACAAGAUCUGAUAGAAUUAAACGGGGUAAAAUAAAUCGAUCAGUCCUAAUACCUACAGAUCGCUCAUUAGAUAGUCAUAUAUUAUUAUCAAGAUCAGAGAAUACAAAUCAGUUAAUCGAUGAUGAUGAUAAUAAACCAUCGAUUUCAAGUAUUGGUUGUAUGAUUACUGAUCGAAGAAGUAGUAGUAGUAUUGGAGGUGGCGGUGGGGGCAGUGCGGUUGGUGUUGGCAACCAUAACCAUAGUGAUAACAACAAUAACAUCGUGAAGAAUAACAACAAGUAUCAUUUACUCUAUACCACCAAUGGGAUUGUCAGUAGUCGAAGUCAUCAGCAUCGGAAUCAUCUGCAUCUUCAUAAGCCUAGUACAGAUUCAGAAAUAUCAACUAUGGAUAAUUCUAUUUCAGGAUAUCUAUUCGGGACAACACCACCAAUUGGUCAAGCGAGUUUAUUUAAUCUGAACAAUACUAACACUAUUUUUAUUACUCAUAACAACGCCAACAAUGACAAUAGUAAUAGUAGUAAUAAUAUAGACUAUGAGAAAGGCGCAGAGUUGAACACUAACACCUCAAAGAUGGAAUCAGUAAAAAUGGCAACAACAACAACAACUCCCGCUGCUCCUGCUACUUCAAUGAAUUCAGAAGAGAAAGAUCCUAUGAAAGGCGAAUAUUUUGUUAUCAUGAAAAAUUGUGAUGAUGCGCAGUCGCAUAAACCACAACCAGUUCUCUCGUGCACAACGCUAUUCACCGGUGAUGAAGAUAACUCAAAUCAUAACAGUAAUAAUAAUAAUAAUAUUGACGGGGAUAAGGAAAAAAUCAGCAUAAAUAAUAAUAAUAACAGUAAUGGUAAUGGUGUCAAUGGUCUGAAAUAUCUUCAAGGCAUCUAUUCCAAAUGGAAUGUAUUUCCAGUGUAUAUUGAAAGUGAAAAAAUGAUUCAAUCGAAUAGCGUGGACAAAAGUUUCCACAAUGAAGAUAGUGAUGAUGGCGAUGAGGAAAAGAGAACAUCUUCAACUACGACGCCUACGCCUCCUGUUUCUCAUCAUCAACAUCGUGAUGGUGUUAGAAAUACUGGUUAUUCAAUAUUCAAUCCUGUAAGAUCACUAAUUGAUAAAAUGAAACAACGCUGGAGUAAUUGUCGUAUAAUGAAGAAGAAAAGAAAAACUGUGAAAAGUAAACGAUUACAUCAUCAUCAUCACCAUCAAAAGACAAGAAUGAAGAAGAGAACAACAAUAAAGAGUAUUAGUAAAGAAUCAGCUCAAGAAUUCUCGGAAAUCUCAUUAACACAAGAUUCAAAUUUCAAUGAUAUGCUGUUGGACAGUUAUACUGUCAAUAGUAAUAAUAAUAAUAAUACUAACAAUAGUAAUAAUUAUGAAAAACAUCGUAGACAAACGAUAAUUACAAAUGCAUCGAUAUUUUCAUUACCAGCUAUUCCACCAGCUUUAUGGAAUGCUGAACGUCCUGUAUGGAUAAUGGGUGUACCAUUAACUAAUCCUGAAAAUGAUGAUAUUGACAAUGACAGCUAUAGCAAUAAUAAUAUCAGUGAUCAUUGGUUUACUGUAGAUACAAAUAAACUGAUUUUAUUAAAAAGACAACAAUUAAAAUUAAAGAACAAUAAUCAGAAUAAUUUAACAGAUUUACAAAAUUUAAAUAUUACCGGAUCAUCAUCAUCAAUUUAUGCCUUUCAUGUACGUCCACCGCCAAGAUUAAAACCAGCUACCACGUCAACAACAGCAGCAACAGCUAUGGAGAAGUCAUUCAAUCGUCUGCAACAACAAAAACAUUCGCAUACGCGUGCGCGAUCUGUUGGACAAAUGUUAACUUGUGAUAAAAGUCAAACAUAACAGCACCAGUAGGGACAUCAUCAACAUAAUUGUGACUAUAUGGAGACAGAUAUCCUCCGGGCAAUGGGAACCAUCGCACCCCCGCCGGAUGGGUCCGCUUUGUGGACCCCAGCCCUUCGUACACUUCAAUCUGAGGGAUCGAGUAACUACUACUGGGUAGUAAUUUCAGUAGUUUCAUCAGUCAUCAUAUAAUAGUGGUGGUGAUAAUAAUAAUAAGUAUGGCUGGCUGUAGGCAUAGUCAAAAAAUUUGAUACAAUAGUGUAUUAUGUAACUAACAACUGAACCGCCCACAACAGAGGCUUGUUUUAAUUUUCAUAACUAUUUGUAUAUCAUUGUUUCACCAAUUCCUCUCUCCCCCCCCCUUGUUAAUGAAGACUUAAUAUUUCUUCAUUCAUAAUUGUAAUAUUAUCCUCUAAGUAUAUAAUUUCUUUCAAUUAUGAAACAGCGCCAAACUCCUCCUCCUCUUGGUCGCCGUCGUCCUCCUGCUCAUUUUCUAGGUUCCAGUAAAUUAGAUUUUCACGUUUCCUGUAAACAAAUUCUUUCACUUUGUAGGCUACAUAAUCUAUUAUUAAUCACAUAAACACAAAAUCAUCAUUAAAUGUACGGCGUAGUUCCAAUAAGUAGAAUGGUCAGUGGCAGCUACACAUGUGAGAAGUUCUACGGACAGAUACACUCUCUUAAACAUCUCACACCUACUUUACUAGGCUGAUAUAGAAAGCCUAGAAGAAAGGAGAACAUUAACUAUAUGAGGCCAGCAAUAACCCCCCUCCAUCUAGGAAUACGAAGAAUGGCGCUUCACCUACAUAUAUGUUAUACGACAAUGAAUCGAAAUAAGACAAAUGCCAAUGCCCCACCACCAUUAAUUUUACAUUGAUCAUAUUUUAUACAUGGCGGGGUUUAUUUUUUAACAAAAAAAUUUCAAAUUCAAACAAUAAAAGACAGUUUUUAAUUGCCUGUCUGUUAACACUUCAGAGUCAGAGAAGGAAUACAAGAAAAAUCAAUAGGAUUAAGGAGAAGAAAGGGCAAAUUAUUUGUAAUUUUAUUGUCAUAUUAUUUAUAUUUUUUUAAAAAUAAUAACAACACUGCAUAUUAAUAUUUUCUUCAGCUAUAAAAUUCUUUUAAAAUCUUUCUUUUGAUAUGUACUUUGUUUUAAUUGUCUUUUAUGGUGUUAGCGGGUUGGGGGGGGAAGGGAUUUUUAAGUCAUGUUUUCAAAUAUGGCGCAAUAAAAUCAUACUUGGUUGUACACAGAGAGAAAAAAACAAACAAAAAUGCGCUGUGUGUAUGAGACUAGACAUUGAAGAAUUUGGGGUGUGUUACGGCAUGGAGAGAAAUUAGGCUUCUAUAUUAAUUUGUUUAUUAGACAUAUCGCACACACACACACACAGUCAAGAAAUAGUAGUAUUAUUUACUGGAUGCUAGAGUUUUGGAAACAAUUUAUAUUACUGUUCAUAAUCAUUUCAUCAAUUAUAAUUACACAACUUGGAAACUUGAGUUUUAUAGUUUUCUUUCUUUACUCUUUCCUAUUCGUCGUCGUAAGGCUAGUAGAAUUUUCUAGAUGUCCGGAUAGACAGGCGUUGAAUCAUUCCUAUUACAUAUGUUUACAGUUGAUUCGAUAAAUACAGCUUCCGGUAUCGAACUCUGUCAUCUUAUCCUAUCAUCCUAUUUUAUGGUUGUGUGUAAUUGCAUGCAGUGAGUGGUAUGGUAUAGCUGAACUCUUCUCCAGAUAUCUUAUCUUAUUAGGGUCAAGUAAUCUAGAUUUUGCUAGGUUUUGUGUGCUUCUCGGCUAGUCUAACUGACUGACGCCGUUCUACUACUUCCACCUAUGCAUUUGACCUGACAAUCAUUCCAGCAGGGUAUUAGAUAAGCUAAAUUGUUUUGUUUAAUGCGCUGCUACACAGGAUCCUUUAACCGAGAAAGCUUCUUUCUAAUUGAGUUGGUGGGGGGUUU